GGUGGUGACGGUGGCCCGCGGGGCGGCGGGACGGAAGAGUGGCGGGAGCUGUGUGACGGGCUCGCUCACUUCGGGGCUCAGGGUGUCUGUUCUUCCUGGGACGGGGCUGGAGAGGGCCUUGAGGCGUCAGACGUCACCUCGGAGGCAGGGGCCUGUGCCCGGGACGCCCCUUGUGCGGCGAGCGGGCCGGUGAGCGGGGUGACUGUCCGGGCCACGGCCGGCCGGGUUGACGGCGCUGGGAGCUGCCGAAUAGACCUUAAGCGGGCUGCGUAGCCUUUUUAUUCCGUGGAACCCGCGCCAGUUCCAGCUGCCCUGUGAAUCGCUUCUUUUCCCCUGGAAGGCGAGGAAACCGUUGUUUUGAGAUACAGAAUUUUCCCAGAAGUUCAAGACCGUGCAGUGGCAAGAAGUGGGGCGCUCUCUCUCGACAGCCGAUUUCGGAUUGAGGUCGCCAGCCCCAUCAACACUGAUGCCAGGUCUGUUGUCCGUCUCUCAGGUUUUCGGAAGUUUGGAAGAGCGGCAUCCCUCUCUCCGAACCGCCUGUGCGGUGGACCAUCCAUGCCUCUCCUAACCCAGCGCGUUCCGGACGAGGACGAGCAGUACUGCUUAGUGGCCAGCCUCGACAACGUUAGGAAUCUCUCCACCGUCUUGAAAGCCAUUCAUUUCAAAGAACACGCCGCGUGUUUUGCUACUAAAAAUGGACUCAAAGUUACCGUGGAAAAUGCAAAGUGUGUGCAAGCCAAUGCUUUUAUUCAGGCUGAAGUGUUUCAAGAAUUUAUCAUUCAGGAAGAAUCUGUUACUUUCCAAAUUAACUUAACUAUCCUUUUAGACUGUUUAUCUAUUUUUGGAUCAAGUCCUACUCCAGGGACUUUAACUGCACUUCGGAUGUGUUACCAAGGUUAUGGUCACCCUUUGAUGCUAUUUCUAGAAGAAGGAGGAGUGGUGACAGUCUGCAAAAUUAACACCCAGGAGCCUGAAGAGACUCUGGAUUUUGAUUUCUGUAGCACCAAUGUUAUAAAUAAAAUUAUCCUGCAGUCAGAGGGGCUCCGGGAAGCGUUUUCUGAGUUGGACAUGACGAGUGAUGUUCUACAGAUCACCGUAUCUCCUGACAAGCCCUAUUUCAGGUUAUCUACUUUUGGAAAUGCUGGAAGCUCCCACCUUGACUAUCCCAAAGAUUCCGACUUGGUGGAAGCAUUUCACUGUAAUAAGACCCAGGUCAACAGAUACAAACUUGCUUUACUGAAACCCUCUACAAAGGCAUUAGCCCUAUCCUGUAAAGUAUCUAUCCGAACAGAUAAUCGAGGAUUCCUCUCACUACAGUACAUGAUUAGAAAUGAAGAUGGGCAGAUAUGUUUUGUGGAAUAUUACUGCUGCCCUGAUGAAGACGUUCCUGAGUCUUGAAUAAUUCAUUGGGAAUAUUUGUAUGUAUUUAUAGUUGUCUUGUCACUCUGGCUGUAUAAUCUUCAUGAUUUCAUAGUGGAUUGUCUGCAGAGACUCAUGGAGAAAACAAGAUCAAGGUUCCAUUUUGUAAAUUUGUAAAUACUUUUAUUUUGUGAAUAAAUAUUUUCAUAUAGCCAUAAA